AUGUCGACGCCCUACCUUUGCUCGGCGUGCGGCUCCCGCACCCACCGCAGGAACCACUGCGCCGCCUCGCCGUGCUCCCGCUGCGGCGGCGACGACCAUUUCGAGGUCUUCUGCAGUACCCCAGCCGGCUUCGACCCACGCUCUACGGAGGCCCGCUGCGGCGUUUGCGGCGGCGCAGGCCACGGCGACGACGACUGCGCCACCAUCGAGACGGCCCACAUCCGGUGCGAGACCUGCGGCAAGAUGGGGCACGAACCCAUGGACUGCCCCACUCGCACCGGCGGAGCAGACGACCCCUAG